AUGAAACUCCGGCCGCGGCGCCCGACCCUGCGGGCGCGCAUUGGCUGGCUCACAAGCGGCAGCAUGCCAUCCUGGCGUCGAACCCUGCAUCCGACCGCGGUGGUGGUGUUCGAAGGCGGUCGACCUGGCCACUGUGGCUUGAAGGAGGCCCUCAGCGGACCGGACGCCGAGAGUGUCGAUGAGCGGGGCCCGGACGGCGAGGCGAAGCCCGGGCCCCGGCGGUGGCUGUUGCCGGCGCUGCUGUCCGGGCGCCGGUCGGGCGCCGGCAACCGCAAGCCCGAGGCCGCCCGAACCGCGCGGCUGGUGUGCCAGCUGGACCGGCUGGUGGUGCGCGGCCGGCUGGUCAGCCCGGCACUCAUUCGGCGCAUGCUCACCGGCCCGGCGGGCGCCAAAGCCGAGGUCCGCGCCCACCCCGCCGGCUUGGCGGAGGAGGCUGGCAAUGCUCUCCCCGGUCCGGGGGACAUCGACGACUGCAUGGCCGAAGCCCGGCCGUGUGUCGCUCCUUCGCCCUGGAUUGCCUUGAUUCCGGAGAGCGAGACGGCCGACGUGUGCCGAUCGCUGGCCACCAUGCGGGCCUCCUUGGCCUUGGUGGGCGGAGGGGCGCCCAUGUCUCCGGAGCCCGGCCUCUCCGACUGGGGGGCCGGGUGGGACUUGAAGGCCGUCUUCAUUGCUCAGCGGGCCGGCGGUCCGGGAAGCUGGCGUGCCGAGGGCGCCGCCACUACGGGGCCCUUUCCCACGGGCUCGGCCCCGCACCCCGGCUCACCGAGGGAGAUUUCCUGCCCGGGGAUUAGUCCAACAAUGCCGUUUAUCGAAAUGAACGCCGACGAACUGGCAGCCUUGGACUCGGAGGUCCGCUUCCGAGCUUUGUCCGGAAGUUUUCUCUCGGUGGCCACUCGGAUAUCCAACCCCGGGAGACCGCCACCAACGCGAUCGCCAAGCAGCACCCUGGCAAAGGCCCCCCUGGAGCUGAGUACCACGCUCGAGGGGGCAGCGGCUACCAUGCGCAUCAUGAUCCCCCUGAUGCUUGUCCUCUUCCUGGUGGUCAUGCUGAAGGCCCUCCGCGCCGAUGACACGCUCUACUAUGAGGCCCGUGCCCAUCGGCAGACCGGGGGACCGCUCGGCCCGGAGGGGCCCCCCCGGGGCCCCGGGCCUCAAGCUCGCCCCCGGCACCGGGGCCUGCCGCUCUUCAGUCGGGCGGUGUGCUGGCUGACCCGCGGCCUGCUCGGGGGCAAUGGCCCAGCGCGGUCGAGCUACCGCUCGCACUUUGGCCUGUCCAUGAGGCAGAUCGCAUCCAUCCCCUUGAAGCCGCACUUUCCCCGCGAGGAGGAUGGGGAGCCUCUCCCGGGGAGUGGCCUGCCUCCGGGCCUUGGGGCCUGGGAUGACACCUCCGCCAACCCCUCGGAUGAGGGGUGGGCCUUGGGGCCGCUCGUGGCGUCGGGCAACAUGACUGAUGUCCCGCGCGCCGGCCCUGCCGUGCAUGGAGCCCCGGAACUUGGGCAAUUCUACAUCGUGGAUCCUCUGGGCCCGGCAGUUGGGCACUUGGUUUUCGCCCACAUGGGGGUCCCGCAAACCGCUGGCGACUACCGGCCACCGGAGCACCAUGGGUCAAAUGCCCCCCGCCACCGGCGCCCGGCGUCCGCACACCCCCCCCCGGCGGACCUGCGGCCAAGCGACACAUCGGCCCUCGAGCAUGGUCACCCGCCGGCGGCCGACGACCCGCCCGAGCGCCGGUGCAUUUGGCUGCGCGAGCUCCCCUGCCAGCACUCCUUCCAUCGGAGCUGCUCGGAUGCCUGGCUCAGGACCUAUGGUCGGGCGUGCCCCCUGUGCCGGGUCCCGGUCCUCGGCCGGCGUGGGAUCCUGUCGCUGAAGGCGCCAGUCGCCUUGGGCUAG